AUGUCUUUUCGUCUUGCCACCUGCUCUCUGUACUCGUGUCUUUUCCUCUUGCCACCUGCUCUCUGUACUUGUGUCUUUUCCUCUUGCCAACUGCUAUCUGUACUCCUGUCUUUUCCUCUUGCCACCUGCUCUCUGUACUCGUGUCUUUUCCUCUUGCCACCUGCUCUCUGUACUGAUGUCUUUUCCUCUUGCCACCUGCUCUCUGUGCAUGUGACUUUUCCUCUUGCCACCUGCUCUCUGUGCACAGGUCUUGUCCUUUUGGCAUGCAACUUGUCCUCUUGUCACCUCUUCUCUCUGCAUGUGUCUUCUCUCACCACUUACUCUCAGUGGACACGUCUUGUUCUCUCACCACCUGCUCUCUCUGCACAGUCCCCUCCUCUUGCUGCAUGCAUCUUCACCUCUCACCACCUUCUUUCUGUGUACACAUCUUCUCUGCAUGCGUCUAGUCCUCUCACCAUUGUUCUCUGUGCAUGUAUCUUUUCCUCUUGUCACCUGCUCUCUGUUCCUGCAAGUUGGCCACUUGCCACCUUCUCUCUCUGUACACAUCUUGUCUUCUCACCACCUGCUCUCUGUGCACGCAUCUUGCUCUCUUGCCACCUUCUCACUAUUUUUACCACUUCUCUCUCCCAUUCUGUUUUACCAUUCCUUUCUUUUACCACUUCACUCUCACCUUCUGUUUCACCACUUCUCUCCCACUUUCUCCUUUAUCACUUCUCUCCUCCUUCUCUUUUACCAAUAUCAUAA